AUGUACCAUCACCUGCGGCUUGCAAAACGAGACUUCAUGCUGGUCGUCAGCGUGGUCUUCCUUGUCAGCCUCACCCUUUCGUUGAUGCAGAGAACAACCAGGAGUGUUCUCCUUCAUAUGACAGCCAGAGAAGAGGAGCUGGUUCGUGCCGUUGAGAAACUGCCUCUACAGAAACUGGACGAAGAGAUUUUGGCGCAUUUGCUGCUGACGCAAGGAUGCCCUUGGCAGGCCAGUGCUAGAGCAAUGGCCCAGUACAGGACGGAACUGGGAAGAUGCUGCAAUGCCUCUUUCUGGCUCGCGAUCACCAAGGAAAAUACACCUCUGGGAUCGGACAUCCUCUUGGAUGGGAACAAAGGCAAGAAACUGCCAGUCGGAGCUGAGCUGAUGGACCUGCUGCCAGAGAGAUCACCCAUCCCAGGCAUUCUGUAUGACCAGUGUGCAGUGGUGGGAAAUGGUGGAAUCCUCCAGAAUAGCAGCUGCGGGCAGGAAAUCGACCAGGCAGAUUUAAUAAUAAGGUUCAACCUGCCUCCUAUGAAUUACUCUGAAGACGUGGGGACAAAGACAAGCCUGGUGACCAUAAAUCCCAGCAUCCUUCAAACUAAAUUCAAUAAGCUGGAGGCCCACAGGAAGCCUUUUGCAGACGCCCUGCGACCUUACAGGAGCGCCCUCGUCUUCAUUCCCGCUUUCUCGUUCGUGGGCCACAGUGAACUCGCGUACCGAGCUCUGUACACCAUGGAGGACUUUGGCACGGGGCAGCGGGCUUACUUCUGGAACCCGCACUAUCUGGACACCCUGGGCAUAUACUGGAAAGCUCGUGGCUUCUAUCCCCAUCGCCUCUCCUCUGGCUUUAUGCUCGUCAACAUGGCCUUGGAGUUCUGCAAGCGCAUCACUCUCUAUGGCUUCUGGCCCUUCUCACAUGACCCGGCCGGCCGGCCAAUACCGCAUCACUAUUACGACAACACUUGGCCCAAGCCUGGCGUACAUGCCAUGAGCCAGGAGUUCUCACACUACCUCCACAUGUACGCCCAGGGCGUGCUACAAUUACGACUAGGCAGUUGCCAGUGA